CGUUAAGCUAGCUAACCGUUAAUUAGCUGGCUAGACGUUAAGCUAGCUAACCGUUAAUUUGCUGUUAGCCGUUAAGCUAGCUAACCGUUAAUUAGCUGGCAAGCCGUUAAGCUAGCUCAUCGUUAAUAAGGCUGGUGUUAAUUUUUCAGUCGUGAUGGAGCCACACUGGUCGACGGCUGCUUAUUCCGAUUUUCGGACAGUUUCGCACACUCAACCCAUGGCUGUGUUUCAGACAGUGUGGCCUGCUUUCCCCAUCACGUUACCGGAGGAGCAGACCGUUCACAGGCUGCCAUACGCGGUGGCGCCGUUACCCUGUUAUUACAAUAUGGUGAUUGGAGGGCCGAGUCCAACAGAGAUAAGGAAACUGUUUCUGAACAGGUCUGUAUUUGAUUUGGUGGAUGCUCAUAUCUGCCUCGCCUUAACUGACCCCAGGCUGCUGGGUUGGUAUCUCAGUUUGUGUCCAGAGGACAGAAGGAUCAUUCAAGAUGAUGGAGGGUUCAACCAGUUCCUGCAAAGACAUCCUGCCUUAGAACUGUCGAGGCAUCAUGUUUAUGUGAGGAAAACACCCCGUACACAUCCAGACAUGGAGGUGCCUCCCAGAGUGAGGGAGACAUUGACCCUGCUUGGCCGGAGCAACAGGGGGGAUGGAUCACCAACGCAUCCACAUGAAGGAAUCUACCACACCAAACAGCAAGUCCACCAGCAGGACCACAUCCAAACAACCUACGUCAGCCCCGUCACACAGGAACGAACCCAUCAGAAAGCCCAUUCAGUGAGGGGUUCCACCCAUGUGAACGAACCAAGGCCGUCACAGCAGAUGGCGAGCUGUAGCAGCAGUGCAGCUGUGAGGAAGGAUCCAACAGCCCUGGUGAGCUUCUCUCUGGAUGUGGAGCUGGAGAGAUGCAGACAGGGAGGACAGCCUGAGCUCAGGAGCCAGACUGCAGUGACACAGUGCCAAUGUGCUGAAUGCAGAUAUGCUGAAGUCAGUCCCUUACACUCAGAAGUGCCAACAGCUGAAAAAGGUUCAUCUCUUGAGUUCUGCAGCUUUGACAGUAACCACAUGGAUGCUGCUGAGUACAAUGACGAGAGUGUCAGCUCUCCUCUGGACCCAGCUGAGGAAAACAGCACCGUGGAGGGGUGUCAGGAUUACGUGGUUAAUGGUAAUGAGUACACUGAAGAUAAUGAUGAAGGUAUCCUUACUUUUGAAGACCACAUGGACAGCUUCCACAGCAUCAUGGAGGACGAUAAGAGCAUUGUUGUCUGUGUGAGCAGCAAAGAUGUGAAAGCUUGUAACAAUGGGGUUCAGUCAGGUCCAGUCACUGCGGAUAGUGAAGCAGCCGGCAGUGAGAUGUUGAAGUCUGAUCAGACUGUCAUCAAGAAGAAGACUACAGAAAGGUACACCUCCCCUGUGCCCUGCGUUUCUACCUGUGACAUUAUGGUCAGCACUGAGCCGCUACUGUGCACGUCAGCUGUCACCCAAACAGAUGAUCCAGAAACAGCUGACAAGCAUGUCAUCACUGAAGUCCACAUGGCAGAUCUGGACUAUCUUGCAGAGGAAUUUAUCAAACUCAGCACGGCUCAGCAGGAACUGAGAGCGCUAAAGGAGAACCGUGAAAGUUCUGGCUGUCAGUUGAGGAAGGAAUGUGACUGUGUCCACCGUGCUCAGCAGGCAGAACUGUCCCUGCUGGCCCUGCAGUACAGCAUGUGCAGACACUACUGCUGGAGUCUCUGCUGUACCUCUGCUGAUGGAGGCCAGCUCAACCCAAAGGCAGGUAACCCUGCUGUGGACAUUGUAAGUGCUCUGCAGAAACUGGAAGCUGACUUUAAUCAGAUGAGAGAGAGGAUCCUGUCAGGAGUUCCUCUGGAGCAACUUAAUCCUCUGACUGUUGAUUUUGGGAAGGUGACCACAGCAGCCAAUUACACCCCUGCACAGACCACAGGUGAUGUGCUGGGGAUUGUUCCAUCCUGCAGCUCCCAGGAGCCACAGAAACAAGAUACAUCAGGUGACGAAAACAGACGUCCCUGUAACCAAAGCAGAAGUGGCAGCCAGGUCAAGAAGGAGGAGAGCAAAUCGAGGAGAGCUGUCACUCUUAUCCCUCAGGGUAGAGAUGCUACACACAGAGCAGACAAGCCAGAGGAAAAGCAGACAAAAGCUGAAUGCAAAGAGCUCAACACAUCUGAGGCGUGGUACGAUGCUGAAGAAGACCUGGAGUGUGCAGGACCUGUGGAGGCUGCUGACACGGGACAGGACCCAGCAGUGAACGCUGAAGAUAACGAAUCAGCCAGUGAGGAGGUGAAGAGCUCAGUACUGUGUGUUUCCAACCUACCCAGAGAUGUGACAGAGAGUGAUGUGAUGCAGUGGUUUGAGAAAUACCAUCCCACUGAGGUCAGCAUCUUGGCUUUAAAGAAUGAUUUGAGAGUUGCCAUAGUGAUAGUAAGUGGAGUCCACUCUGCCGAAGCUGCAGUGAGAGAGCUGAAUGGCUGCUGCAUGGAAGGCCGUACUUUACAUGUGAAGCACAUCAACAGAGCCAGUGAUGGAAGCCAGAGCCAGGCCUCCGCCUCCGUCAGUGGGCCGGAGCCUUCACAGGAGGCCGCCAAACCACAAAACUCCAACACUCACUCCAGCAGCUCCGAAAGAGAGCUGAUAACUCGGCCUCCGCUCAGCUCCAGCAUCAAGACCAGGAAGGUGGUCUGCAUCUCGCCCACAGCGAAGGGAAUCUGCGUGCCCCAACACUACGGCACCAUGGGCAGCUUCGAGACCCUGAUGGCAGAGCUAACACAGCUCCACCCAGACGUCGGACGGCAGAGGAUUGUGGAUGCUUUGCUCAAGCUGAAGGCCAAACACCAGGGUGUCCUCAGCGGCCUGCCCCUCCGCACAAUCAGAGAGAUGAUAUCUGAGCUGCUGACCAGGCCGGCGAGAGCCACACAGUCAUGAGGAGGCUUCAAAAUGUUUCUUUUUGUUAGCAGUGAUUUGUUAGAACGGCAUCUAAACCCCUCAGAGUUUUCUUUACACCUCAGAUAUUUGAACAAAUGGGGAAAUUAUUCAUCUAAAAAGAGUUUGAAGAGUAGUUUAUAAUCCAUCGUAGCAUCAGAUCGUUGAUGAGAGCAGUUUCUUUUGGAUGUUCAGUAAGUGUUACAUUGAAAGUUGAAGGGCCUCACACAGCGCCUCCUCUGUCAGUUAUCUGACAGUUAAAUUAGUUUUAAAGAAAAUUUUAUUAUUUUAAUCUUAUUUUUAAUUAAAGUUUAUAAAGAUUUCUGAAACUGUUUUAAGUUGCACACAGCUGUAUAUGCAGCAGCUUAGUUUGGAUUCAGUCAAUAAAAGACUUAGUUUAAAAAACUUUCUACCUCAGCUUUGUUGUGGUCGUCGUGAGCAUUGACUCAAGCGCUUUUCAUUUCAGUUGUUCAAAGAAGCUGUGUUGGCAUGGGAAACAUGUUUACAUUGCCAAAGCAAGCGUUAAAAUGAAAACCAAACAAAUGUACAAUAAGUAAAGAUCUACUAGAAUAAAGAUGUGCAAACAGCU